AUGGAUUCGAUUGAGGUAGAGGGGAGUGCUUCGAAACUGGAGGAGAAUGAGAAUGACGAAGAGGAUGAGGAGGAAGAUAUGGAUUUUAAUCCGUUUUUGAAGGGAACACCUUCGCCUGAGGCGUCAUCGAGUUUGAGUUCUGAAGUUGAAGGUUUGGAGGAGGGUGCGAAGGAUGUGAGGAGUGAGGCGCAAAAUAAUGAUGUUGGAGAUUUGAAUGAUGGUAAGGAGGUUGUUGUGGCAAGUGGAGUGGAAAGUGAAAAGGAAGUGGAGAAUAGUGGUGAUAGGUGGGGUAAGAAGAGGAAAUCGGGUUCUGGGUCGAAUGUGGAAGAUGGGAAUGAGAGAGAAAAGGUGAGUGGGGUGAGUAAGGUUGUGUUGGAUGCUGAUGAUGAUGAGGAUGCUAUUUGUAAGAGGACGAGGGCUCGUUACUCACUUACAAGUUUUACGCUUGAUGAGUUAGAGACGUUUCUUCAAGAGAGUGAUGAUGAGGAUGAUCUCCCUAACGUUGAUGAUGAGGUAGAGUAUAGGAAGUUUCUUGCGGCUGUUUUGCUUGGUGGAGAUGGUGACGGGCAGUCUAACCAAGAGAAUGAAAAUGGUGAUGAUGAAGAUGAGGAUAAUGAUGCAGAUUUUGAGAUUGAACUUGAAGAGUUGCUUGACAGUGAUGUUGAUGAUGGUGCAAGGGAUGAGGUUCCAGGAGUCAAGCCAUUGCGCCCUCUUUUACCAGUUUUGCCUAAUGCAUUUGCCCCUCCUUUUCCUGCUGUCAAUGAGAAAGCUUUGGCACCCAAAAUUGCUCCUAGCUAUUCGUCCUCUGCAGAAGAGGGUGGUUUAAUAAAUGGGUUUACUCCACAGCAAAUAGCCCAGUUGCAUUGUUUGAUACAUGAACAUGUUCAGCUACUUAUUCAAGUAUUCUCUCUUUGCAUUCUCGAUUCUUCCCGGCAACACCUUGCCUCUCAGGCUCAGGGAUUGAUUUUUGAAAUGCUUCACAAACGUGAUAGUGUAAUAGCAUGCAAAACUGUUCCAUAUCCUGGUAUUUGCUUUCGUCCUCCAUAUAUAUGCUCAUCAGGGUCAGAUGAACUACCCAACAUUCAGCCAGCACAAUGCACCUUUGAGUCACCUCCUGCUCUAAACUUGCAGGUGUCAGUCUCCCAAAAUAUCCCUUUUCCACGAAGAAGAGAUGAGCAUGAUUUUAAUGAGCAAAUGAAUUCUUCACAGAUUACUGGCUCUUUAUGGAUGCCUUUCAUAAAUGGUCCAAUAGUAUCAAUUCUGGAUGUAGCUCCACUUAAAUUAGUUGGAAGAUAUAUGGAUGAUGUUUAUAAUGCUGUCCAGGAGUAUCGGCAGCGUUUUCUGAAUUCAAGUUCUGAAACAUGGAAUGAAAAGGAACCACUCUUCUACCUUCCUUGUUCUCCGUUAUUAGGUGAGGCUAAUGGUGAAGUUAUGAGAGGAAACAUCCCCCCUGCUCCCAAUACAGUACCAUCCUCACCUGGUCAACAACCACCCAAGAAGACAUUGGCUGCUUCCAUUGUUGAAAGCACCAAGAAGCAAUCAAUUGCAUUAGUCCCAAAGGAUAUUAGCAAGUUAGCUCAGCGAUUUCUUCCACUGUUCAAUCCAGUGCUAUUUCCACAUAAACCACCCCCUGCUGCUGUUGCAAAUCGGGUCCUUUUUACUGUUUCAGAGGAUGAACUAUUGGCACUGGGGAUUAUGGAGUAUAAUACAGAUUGGAAGGCGAUUCAAGAACGCUUUCUUCCUUGCAAAUCUAAGCAUCAGAUUUUUGUUAGGCAGAAAAAUCGUUGUUCAUCUAAGGCACCAGAAAAUCCUAUAAAGGUAUAUGCAGGAACCCAGGCCUAUGAGUGA